AUGGAUCCUGCCCCUGACCCAGGAGAAAGCUUCCAGCUGCCGCCCCGGUGCGCUUGCAGCUUCAUCCUCAAAGCUUCGUCUCACCCCCAUCUGAUCCGAAACUUCCUCACAUGGCGGCUGCCGCCACGGCCCGUGGAAGACGCUCCAGGUGCCCAGGUGCAUAUCAACUGGGAAAUCCCGCGCUAUGACGGCUGGUACAACAACCUCAUGCAUCACCGGCACAACUCCGCAGGAUCGUUUCUGUCCCGGCUGCUCCAUGCUAACUACGCGGAUGGCGUGUACCAGGCCCUCCAGGAGCCACGUGUCCCCAGUGCGCGGAGACUCAGCGACGUGGUGGCCCGCGGGGCCUCGGGACUGCCUUCCCAGGGCAACAGGACCGUGCUGGGUGUCUUCUUUGGUUUUCACAUCCUUGGCGAGAUCGUGGAGGCCGACACAGCUGGCUGCCCCGCCGAAUUCCUGAACUUGGCUAUCCCGCAAGGAGACCCCGUCUUUGACCCCGAGGGCUCCGGCGAUGUCGUCCUGCCCUUCCAGCGGGCACAGUGGGCUCCGGGAACGGGGCAGAGCCCCAACAAUCCCCGGGUCGAGGUGAACGGGGUGACGGGGUGGCUUGACGGCAGCGCCAUCUAUGGCCCGAGCCACUCCUGGAGCGAUUCUCUGCGGAGUUUCUCGCAAGGGAUGCUGCGCUCGGGAGAAGAUCCCGGCUUCCCGAAGCAGACCAAAGCGGGCAGCUUAAUGUGGAAGGUGCUGGAUCCAUCUGCACAACAGGGCGGACCAGAAGGAAUCCUGGAGUUCGGAAACGCCAAGGGAAACGCAAACCUGUUUCUGCAAGCCACAGGCAUUGUGUGGUUCCGCUACCACAACCACUGGGCGAGGGAGCUUGCCAGGCAGAACCCAGCCUGGUCCGACGAGGAUCUCUUCCAACAUGCACGCAAGCGGGUGGUCGCCGCUUACCAGAGCAUCACGCUGUAUGAAUGGCUGCCGGCCUUCCUGGGGAAGGAGAGCACGGCGCCCUACGGAGGUUACAAGCAGCACGUGGAUGCCCGGAUCUCCCCUGAGUUUUUGGUGACGUCGGCCCUCUUCCUGGGCAGCAUGGUCCCUGCCGGGGUCUACAUGCGGACCCCAGACUGCAACUUCCGGAACGUGACGAGCGCCAAUGGCAGCCACUCCACGGCACUCCGGCUGUGCAACAGCUACUGGAACCGAGAGAAUUCAAAUCUCAAAACAGCAAAAGAUAUUGAUGAUCUGCUGCUAGGAAUGAGCUCCCAAAUCGCUGAGCGAGAAGACAACAUUGUGGUUGAAGAUCUGAGAGAUUACUGGUAUGGGACGGUGAAGUACUCCCGCAUGGACUUUGUGGCCAACUGGAUUCAGCGCGGCCGGGACCUUGGAUUAUCUACCUACAAUAAAGCCAGGGAGUUCUUCAGACUCCUCCCAGCCCGCAAAUGGCUGGAUAUCCAGCACCAGAACCAAACGGUGAGCCCACUUCCAGAGCAGCUUCUCGAGGAAAUCGCAGGGCUGUACGGCAACACCGACAACCUGGAGCUGCUGCCUGGGGCCAUGUUGGAAGAGAACAGGACGCUCUUCCAUGCCAUCAUUGAGGACCAGUUCCUCCGCCUACGGGAUGGAGACCGGUUCUGGUUUGAGAACAUCAAGAACGGUUUAUUCACUGCUGAAGAGAUUGCAGCCAUUCGAAACACCACAUUCCAGGACGUCCUGGUGGCCGUGACCUCCGCGAAGCCAAGCCAGAUCCAAGCCCGUGUGUUUCUCUGGGGAGAGGACGGCCUGUGUCCCCAGCCGGAGCAGGUGACCGCUCAGCAGCUGCCACCCUGCACGCCGCCCUUCGUCCUGGACUACUUCCAAGGAAGCGCGGCCGGAUUCGGGAUCCUCAUCACAGCGCUCUGCUGCCUGCCCCUCGUGAGCUUGUUCGUCGCCUGGAUUGUCGCUGCUUUCCGGAGGAGAUCUUUCAACAAGCUGAAGAAGAAGCAAAACCAGAGUGACCAAACAGUAGUUUCUGCAGAGGGAAUCGAAGCCUUUGAAUGGCUGGACCCCAAGACGGCCAGCUCCCCCGUCUACCUUCAGCUGCUCGAAGACAAGGUGAUCAAAGUGCUGGACAGCAAGCUGGCCGUCCUCCGAAGCAUCACCCUGAAGAGCCACGAGCGCGUGGAGACCCUCCUGUCCAACAACAAGGGCAGCAAGACCUUGCUGCUGAAGAUCCCCAAAGAGUACGACGUGGUGCUGCAGUUCCACGGGGAGGGGGAGCGCAAGGACUUCCUCCGGCAACUGACGGCCUACCUGGGAAACUACGGGUUGUCCCUCCACGUGUCCGAGAUGAGCGAGCAGCAGCUGCUGAAGAAGGCGGUGACCAAGCAGCAGAGGAAGGACAUCCUGGAGACUUUCUUCAGGCACUCCUUUGCUCAGGUUCUCAACAUUGACAAAUUAGAUGCCGGAGAGCUCAGCUUGGAGACUUCCCAGAAGGCCAAGGAAGCCCUGAAGUGCGAGCUGAGCAGGCAGGAAUUCGCAGAGGCGCUGAGCCUCAAGCCGCAGUCCGUAUUCGUGGACUCCAUGUUCUCGCUUGCGGACAAAGACGGCAAUGGGUAUCUCUCCUUCCGGGAGUUUCUGGACAUCCUGGUGGUCUUUAUGAAAGGAUCUCCCCAGGAGAAGUCCAAACUGAUGUUUGCAAUGUAUGACAUAGACGGGAAUGGCUUCCUUUCCAAAGAAGAAUUCUUCAGGAUGCUGAGGUCCUUCAUCGAGAUCUCCAACAACUGCCUCUCGCGGGACCAGACGGAGAAGGUCAUCGACUCCUUGUUCAAGGAGUCGGGCUUCCAAGAUAAGGAGGAGCUCACCUGGGAGGACUUCCACUACAUGCUGCGGGACCACGACAACGAGCUCCGUUGCACCCAGCUGUGCGUGAGAGGUCAGGGAACAGGAUUCGGGAAUGGAGUUUCGAACCAAUUCAAGCAAAGCGAUAACAACCGUGUCUCCUUCAUAAGCAAGGACAGAGAAAACAAACCAUCCUUCCUUCAACCGCAUCUGUACACGGAAGCCCGGAGAGAGAGGUACCAGCGGAGCAAAGUCCACCAGAGGAUCCAGCAAUUCAAGCGCUUCAUCGAGAAUUAUCGGCGCCACAUCAUCUGUGUGGUCAUUUUCUCGGCCAUCACAGUCGGGGUCUUUGUGGAGAGAGCUUACUAUUAUGGCUUUGCCUCGCCGCCCUCGGGAAUCGCAGACACGACCUUCGUCGGCAUCAUCAUCUCCCGCGGGGCGGGGGCCAGCAUCUCCUUCAUGUACUCCUUCAUCCUGCUCACUAUGUGCCGGAACCUCAUCACGUUCCUGCGGGAAACCUUUUUCAACCGCUACAUCCCCUUCGACUCCGCCGUGGACUUCCACCGUUGGAUCGCCACCGCAGCCUUGAUUUUCUCAGUGCUGCAUACCUUGGGCCAUGUCGUGAAUGUCUACAUCUUCUCCAUCACCCCGCUCAGCAUCCUCGCCUGCGUCUUCUCCAGCAUUUUCUUCGAUGAUGGGUCCCAGAUUCCUCCCAAGUAUUACUGGUGGUUUUUCGAGACAGUCCCCGGCAUGACGGGGGUGCUGCUCUUGGUCGUCCUUGCCAUCAUUUACGUCUUCGCAACUCACUAUUUCCGGCGCAUUAGCUUCCAGGGAUUUUGGAUCACCCACCACCUUUAUGUGGUCCUCUAUAUCUUGGUCAUCAUCCAUGGCAGCUUCGGCUUGAUCCAGCAGCCCCGCUUCUACAUCCAUUUCAUCGUCCCGGCCCUCUUCUAUGUAGCGGACAAGCUCAUCAGCCUGAGCAGGAAGAAAGUGGAAAUCAGCGUGAUAAAGGCCGAGCUGCUCCCUUCAGGUGUCACCAACCUCCAGUUCCAGAAGCCCCCAGACUUUGACUACAGGUCUGGGCAGUGGGUGCGGAUCGCCUGCCUGUCCCUAGGGACCACCGAGUACCACCCCUUCACCCUGACCUCCGCCCCUCACGAGGACGCUCUGAGCCUGCACAUCCGAGCCGCCGGGCCUUGGACGACGCGGCUGCGGGAGCUCUACUCUCCUGAAAGCAUCGCAGAAAUGGGCAGGUACCCCAAGCUCUACCUGGAUGGACCUUUUGGAGAAGGGCACCAGGAGUGGAACAAGUUUGAAGUGUCGGUGCUGGUGGGAGGGGGCAUCGGCGUGACCCCGUUUGCCUCCAUCCUCAAGGAUCUAGUCUUCAAGUCCUCCGUCGGCUCCCGGAUCCUGUGUAAGAAGAUCUAUUUCAUAUGGGUGACCCGGACGCAGCGGCAGUUUGAGUGGAUGGCAGACAUAAUCCGUGAGGUGGAGGAGAACGACCAGCAGGACCUGGUCUCCGUCCACAUCUACAUCACGCAGCUGGCCGAGAAGUUUGACUUGCGCACAACUAUGCUGUACAUCUGUGAGCGGCACUUCCAGAGGGUCCUCAACCAGAGCUUGUUCACAGGCCUGCGCUCCAUCACCCACUUCGGACGGCCACCCUUCCUCCCCUUCUUCUGCUCCUUGCAGGAGGUCCAUCCUGAGGUGAAGAAGAUUGGCGUAUUCAGCUGUGGCCCCCCAGGAAUGACUAAGAACGUGGAGAAAGCGUGUCAGAAGAUCAACAAGCGUGAUCAGACCCACUUUAUACAUCACUAUGAGAACUUUUAGCUCUUUUGCAGUCUCUGCCUCUUGACUGGCAGGAGUUGCUGGAUGAGAAGUCAUAUUCCUACCUUUUGCACUCUGAAGAGAGCUGUGCUGUUUGUCCCUUCCAAGACUCUUAAGACCAUCAAGCCUGGGAACUCCUUGAUGCUUGGCCAUGCACCAAGGAGUAAGGGACACGCCAGCGCCUGGAACGCGUCUGGACUCACAUUUGCAAACAAAGAAAUAGCUGGUGCGACCCCUCCGGACCACCACCGCCACCAUCACUUGCUCUGCACGGAAAGUGUUAAGCAGCUUGAAGCAGAGAGAACCCUGGCAAUGGCAGAGUUUGGGAAGGGCUCCCCCGGUGGCCUGGUUUGCACAAUAGUCACACAGCACCCCGUCAUUUCGGUAAUUAUCUGUGUCGCCUGCAGGUUGCUUUAUUUUAUGCUUUAUGAACCUGGUGGGGGUACCUUCCCGACCACCCCAGAAACCUAGAGCAAGCCAUGGAUGGUCUGGAAGGCGCCUUGCCAGCCACCUU